GCAGGCGGCGCAGGAGUGUUCUGUAUGGAGGAACAUGUCUUCAAGGAAAUAAGCGGAGCGGGACCAUUUUGGAUUCAAACAUGGACUGAACAUGUGUGUCCGCUACAAUACAGGGCACAGCAUGCCAUGCAGAUGAUCAUGAUAAAUGACACUGUAGCAUCAUGAUUUCUUGGGAAUUUAACUUGAAGAAAUGACUCAUCAUACAGCUCAAGGAGCAGGAUCCCAUGAGCCACCUGAAGUCAACUUAUACCACACAAGAUAAUGAAAAAGUCUGUGAAGAAGACUGAAGUGUAAUACAUGCUGUAUGGUAGCUGACUCUCCUGCUCUUAGAUCUAACAAGGUUGUGGAAGCUGUUGAUAAGUUCAAGGCCAGAAGGUUCGCUACCUGAGAAGUAAGCUGCCCCAAGCCUGCCCUGAGGAGUGUGUGCUUGGAGGUGUGUGCUUCUUCACUGCUACUUCUCCAGCUUGAACACACACCUUGGCAGGAUGUCGGUGAGAGAUCGACAGCGUCCGUGGUCUGUGUACACAGCUACCGCGCUGGACAUGUCCUCUGAGAUGCUUGGCCUGGCACUGGCAGGGAACAGUCAGGACCCAGACGAGCCCGUGUUGGAGUUCAGCCUCGCCUGCAGUGAGCUGACUACACCGUGUUUGGACCGUAAACCCAACAGCUUUGUGGCUGUGAGCUGUACAACGCCACCUCAAGCCUUCUGGACCAAGCAUGCACAGACGGAGAUCAUCGAGGGCACAAUGAAUCCCAUCUUCUUAAGCAGUGUGGCCUUCUUCCAGGAUUCCUUCAUCAAUCAGCAGACGCAGAUCAAGCUCUCUGUGUACGACGUGAAGGACCGCUCGCAGGGCACGAUGUAUUUAUUAGGCUCAGCGAUGUUCACAGUGAAAGAACUACUGCAGGACAAGAACUACACCCUCAACCUGCCACUCAGUUCGGCGGAGAACGUGCACGUGGGUGAUAUCACGGUUAUCGCCUGGCAGCUAGAGGAGAAGAGGGAGCAGCAGGCACCGCUAACCCAUUUACCAGACACUAUCAAUGGCAGGACCGUCCUUGCUGUCGAUGAGAGUCUGACAGAAUCAAUAGGAAUUCGAGCCAAAUAUGCCUCUUUAAGUAAAGACACACUCCUGCGAUCAGUGUUUGGGGGAACCAUGUCUCGUAUGUACCGCUUCCCCACCACUGACGGGAAUCACUUACGCAUUCUGGAGCAGAUGGCGGAGAGUGUGCUGUCUCUCAACGUCCCACGACAGUUCGUCAAACUACUGCUGGAAGAGGACGCUGCCAGAGUAUGUGAGCUGGAAGAGUUGGGGGAAUUAUCACCAUGUUGGGAGAAUCUCCGGCGGCAGAUCGUAACACAGUACCAGAGCGUUAUUCUCACCUAUCAGGAGACGCUGAAACACCUGCAGGACUACAAGGGCCCUUCAUUCAAAGCAAGCAACCUCAAAGCCGACAGGAAGUUGGAGUUCAUGUCCACUAACCUCCACGUGCAGAGGAUGAGAGUGCAGGACGACUCUGGGUUUGAUCACACAUACGAUGUGGUGACGAUCGGCGCUCCAGCAGCUCACUGUCAGGGUUUUAAGAACAGCGGCCUGCGUAAACUCAUCCAGAAAUUUGAGGAGGCCAAGAAACACAUUUAUGAGGAGGAAUGCAGUUCUCUGAGCAGCUCCCAGUCCAUCAUGUACAUCCCUCAGGACAUCAUCCGCGCCAAAGAGAUCAUCUCACACAUCAACACUCUGAAGACUCAGGUCAGCUACUACGCCGAGCGCCUCUCCCGCGCCGCCAAGGAGCGCUCUGCCAAUGGCCUGGAGAGAACACUCACAAUACUGGCAGACAAGACACGGCAGCUUGUGACAGUGUGUGACUGUAAGCUACUCGCAUCGGCUGUGCAGGCCUUAAACGCCGCCAGGCCGGAGUACAUCGCAUCCAAGAACUCACCGUCAGCCGACUCGGAGCAUGUGGUGCUACGCAAUGACCAGGACACACUGCUAGCCAAGUGGAGCAACAACCGCUCAUCCCUGCAUGCCGACUGGCACGAAGAGGAGUGGGAGAAGGUGUGGGUGAAUGUGGAUAAGAGUCUGGAGUGCAUCAUCCAGCGGGUGGAUAAGCUCUUGCAGAGAGAACGAUUGCGCAGCAGCAGCAGCGAGGACAUGUUCCAGGCGGACCAACAGAGCGCUGUUCCUAAGAAAGGUAACGAGAGGUGUCAAGCGUUCUGGAUCAACCCAGUCUGCACGAAUGAGUGUCCAUCACCAGUUUCACAGGAGCAGCCUUCUUCAUCUUCAUCACCACCCUCACCUUCAUCCCCAUCAUCACUGCCUGCACUGAUCCCUGCAUGUCCCCUUAAUACAGAAACUCAAGCCUAUGGCAGUAGCAGCAGGGAGGAGAGUUACCCAGGUGAGUGGAGUGAGGCACUGUAUCCCCUGCUAACGACGCUAACGGAGUGCGUGGCAAUGAUGAGCGACAAGGCAAAAAAAUCAAUGGUGUUCCUGCUAAUGCAAGACCGAGCACCGACUAUCGCCAUGGACCUCAGUGUGCAGUACCGCCGAGACGUGGUCUUCUGCCAGACACUUACUGCUCUUAUCUGUGGCUUUAUUAUUAAACUGAGGAAUUGUCUCCGUGAUGACGGCUUCCUGAGGCAGCUAUACACCAUUGGUCUGCUUGCACAGUUUGAAAGUCUACUGAGUACCUACGGAGAGGAACUAGCCAUGCUUGAGGACAUGAGUGUGGGGAUCAUGGACUUACGGAACGUAACUUUUAAGGUGACUCAGGCUAUGUCAAUGUCCUCUCCGGACAUGCUGCCUGUGAUCACGGGGAACCGCGACGGCUUUAACGUGCGCAUUCCACUGCCAGGGACCAUGUUCGAUGCGCUGCCACGGGAAAUUCAGAACGGCAUGCUGCUGCGCGUACAGCCCGUUCACUUCAAUGUCGGCAUCAACGAGCAGCAAACGCUAGCUGAGAAGUUUGGGGACACGUCCUUGCAGGAGAUCAUUAAUUCUGAGAGUCUGGGGCGUCUGAAUUCCUACUAUGAACAGUUCAAGGAGGUGUUACCAGAUGACUGCCUCCCUCGUUCCCGUAGUCAGACGUGUCUUCCUGAGCUCUUGCGCUUCCUUGGUCAGAAUGUUCAUGCCAGGAAAAACAAGAACGUUGACAUCCUCUGGCAGGCUGCAGAGAUCUGCCGGCGGCUAAACGGCGUACGUUUUACAAGCUGUAAGAGUGCGAAGGACCGCACGGCCAUGUCUGUCACACUGGAGCAGUGUCUCAUCCUGCAGCACGAGCAUGGCAUGGCGCCGCAGGUCUUCACUCAGGCGCUCGACUGCAUGCGGAGUGAGGGUUGCCGGCGUGAGAACACGGUGAAGAACGUGGGAUGUCGCAAGUACGCUUUCAACUCUCUCCAGCUGAAGGCUUUCCCUAAGCAUUACCGCCCUCCUGAGGGGACGUUCGGAAAAGUGGAGACGUGACCACGAGGACCAGGCAUGUGCAAAACAAAGAGAUCAGUCCGAAGGGGAUGAGUACAUCAUAGAAAAAUCACUGUGUAGCUGGUAUGUAAAAUAUGCUGUAGUCAAUCUAGACCUCACACUGAUACUGGUAUGGUAAUGGUACUCUCAUAAGACAUUCAAUGCACGUCACAUGUUUCUGAUCCCAGCUUUAAAUGAAGGCAUAUGAGCCAUUCUUAGUUCUAAAUGAAUAAUAAUUAACCAUUCCAUGAUUAUUCCCAGAUUAUUAUAGCAUUGCCGAAAGCACUUUUUGGCGGUGUAGUCUCUUUCCAUAGGUAAAUAUUAAUAAUAUUAAUUUCUGUAGAGUCCAAAAUCUAGAGCUUAAUAGACAGAUACAAAAUUAUGCAUAGUUGAUCUAUAUAUGCUUGGCGGCCUGGGAAAACCCUUCACCUGGUGACAUUGUUGAUAUUUUCUACUGUAUGAACUUCUGACAACUACAGCCUUACCUGAACUGAAAUAGGUCAAUAGUGGAAAAAAUUGUGAUUUUUAACAUCAGUCUCUGUAGUUUCUUUUCCUGUGGUAAAAGUCACUCGUGGAAUUUGACAAACAUGAACCUCAUCGUCAUCUCUUCCCUCGACCUGCGCUAACAGCAGUGCUGAAAUUGUUCUCUUGGCAAAUUUUCCCAUUUUAAGUUUUUAUUCAUAUCCAAAAAUUUUAACUUUGUUUGCCGCCAUCACUACAGUGUCAGUGACAGCGGCUAAUUUCACAGCUAGUAUUUAGACCGUUUACAGACUGAAUCUCUCCUUUUUUCAACAUAGCACUUAACCAAUAACUUGUCUUUCUCUAUGUUAGGAAAGAAUACUUAGCAAUUUAGCAAUUGAAACAUCAUCUUUUGGCAGACUGAGUGUGUAUACAGCUGUAUUCAUUGAACUGGCUCUUUAUGUAGCUAACGUGAUCUCUGCAGGCAGAAACCACAUCAUUUUGCUGAAAUGUAUUUGUUUUCUUAAACUAGAGGUAUCAAAGCAUGUUCUAGGAAGAACAAAAAAACAAUUCUGGUUAAAACCCCAUGUUUUGUAAUCUUGGCCAGUUUGCCAGAAUUCACAGCACCAUCUGAUGGGUUUUCCCAGGCCACCCCACAUUAAUUAAUUUAUACUGAUACACCACAAAUAACAUUUUAGCUCCUUGUGUAAUCCUUGUAUGUAAUUGAAUAGUGAAAUCCAUAUCUAUUCAGUAUCUAUUCACACUCCAUUUGCUUAAUUUCUUACAUCAGUGAUCUUGUUUGACUGAAAUGAAAAAAACAGUUCUUGGUAAUGGACUGGACCCUAUUGUGUUAUAGCUCAUAACACUGAAGAGGGCUCUACUAAUUCUUAGUGCACUUUUCUGCUUCUCGAAACCUCUCAAGCACACACUCGCUACUUCCUGUAUUGCUAAUCUUGGCCACUUCUACACUUAUACACACUCCAGUUCUCUGUCCUUCACUUCUCAGAGUUUAAUUCGAGUAUGAUAUACACUCUCAAAAAUAAAGGUACCAAACUAAUUUUCCUCGUCGCUGGAUGGGUGGGUCUAUAAAGGUUACAUCUUUCGUACCUUUAGUACGUAUCUUUUAUCUGGAAAUAUGAAUAUAGUAAACCUUUAAAAUAACGUAAGGUACAUAUUUGGACCUUAAGGACCACUAAUGCAUCUCUUUAAAGCUUUAAAGUGAAUUAAAGGUACACCAAAUGCAAAGUGUCCAAGUAAAAAUAUACAUAACAUACACAAAAUAUACAAACAAUGCACCCUUGAUUGCACCACCCCAGCAACAAGGAAAUGUGUUCGAGAGCGUAGGAGUCUUAAUAUAGGACUUAUCAUGGCCUUGGGUUAAAAAUGAAUUGGAGAUCAUUAUAGAAAAUUAUAAUACUAAAGUGACAAUAUAUUAUUUUCUUCCUCCAUUCUGAGUCUUUCGUGAGGUUUCAUUUAAAACUCUUCUUUGAGUCAGGGAGAUUCAGUGGCAUCUCCCCAUUAUCACUGAUCAUGGUGUACACACACACACACACACACACACACACACACACACACACACACACACACACACACACACACACACGCGCGCGCGCGUUAAUACAUUAAACACAAACAUGCACUGCUGUAGGUCUCUGCUACCAUAAGGAGUCACACAAAUGCGCAGGCAUGCAAACAUACACCAAUAUAAUCAUACACCAAAAAUUCAGACACGCACACACACUCAUACUCAUUUUAUAUAUUACUAUAUAUACUAUACUAUAUUUGUGUCAUAGUCAUAUAAUAAAUUUAUUAUUUAUAGCUAUGCUCAAAGGUUUGGGGGAGUGUGAUCAUUUGAAUUUAUUUAUAUUUUGGGGUGCAUUAUGUUAUUUAACAAGUAAGAAAGUGAUUUGCAGGAAUUGUGCUGUUCUCCAGACCUCAGAAUUGUCUUCAUUUCAUGAAAAUAUCAUAGCCAUGUAAUGUGCAGGAGCUCAUUUUCUGCCGUUUUUUUUUUUUAUUUAAUUUUUUUUUGCUGCAGCCAUAUGCACGAUUGCAAUCCAUGUAUUCAGAUAUCAUAUCAUAAAGUGUCUCAUUCGCCUCCAUAUUAAUCUGCAAAGCCUUUAUACAGAGUGUCACUGACUACUGUCGUCUUUUGUCCAGCACCGUGUUACCGUAUCAACCUCAGCUGGCAACCGUCAGCCCGACUGUGAAAUGCAAGUUCAACGUUGUUGCAUUCGUUAUUCUUAAUUUUACUUGACACAUUUGUAUUCAUGCAUUUUGUAUCAUUGCCGUUGUUAUUUUUGUCUUAAUUUUACACAUGUUGAUGGGUUUUAAUGACUAUAGUUUAUAAACCCUAAUGUAUUUAAAAGAUUAUGUUCCCAGAUAUUUGAACAUGAUUUGUAUUUAUUCCUGUUUUACUAAACUUGUAUCUUUUAUUAAGCUGACUUAGAUGUCUACAAUGAGUUCUGCUGUACAAUAAGCUGUCAUCAAUAUAUGAUGCCAUUAAAAAGAGAAUUAUCUACCA